CUGCAUUUACUGGUUAUCGAAGGAAGAGAGGUUUGUAUUCCUGCUUGCGUUUGGUGUGUGUGUGCUACCACCUUUCAGCUUGUUAGUUUUCUGGGGGGUUGCUGCCUGUGUAAGGGAACGUGGUUUGGAAAGUUAGCAGGGUGCUUUCAAGGGACGGUGUGAGCACAGUGUCGCUUUUGCAGCAGUGUUUAAAAGCCGCAGACAAUAUUGGAGUAAAACCCAAUUUUUGAAAGUUUGCAAAUAUAAGCUGCACUUUAACUGUUCACGGACAGAAUUUGGAAAAAAGGUGCGUCUUAUAUUCAGGCCAGUACAGUAUUUUAUGUUUUGUCCCCCCCCCCCAUCAAAUGGUAUUCUGUAUUCUAUUUUCUUGAAUAAUUGUUUCAUAUAGAACUGAUUAUUUUAAAAUAAGGUUACUAAGAAAAGGAAUGUUCUAUCAUUGGGAUUAUACUCAUCUUUCCCUUUUUUAUAUGACUAUGUUGUAUACCAAAGAUACAGCAGAAGCACAGUGAGAAGACACUGUCACUUACUUCAACAGUACUCUGUUAAUGAUUAGAUGGAAUUGAGUAACAAUGUUUAACAAAUAAAACCAGGACUUGGGAAACUUACUGUGAAAGUUCAAAGCUCUUUUAAAGUUAAGCUCCCCCCUCCCAAAGUCUUAACAAGCCCUCAAAACAUGUUUCAUUUUAAUUUAAAAUGUGAACGUUUGAUUGCCUUAAUUAUAGGGUUAUUGCUAGAAAGUAUUUCUUGUUACCUUCAUAAUAUGCAUUUCAUUAGUUUCUUUUUUCAGAAUUGCUUCCAGAAUUUGAACUCUUAAACAUGGCAUUCUUCAUACAACAAUUAAGGAUGUUCUUGACUCCAUGAAAAAGACACCAAUCCGUUUGUCUGUCAUUUCACUCAACUUUGAUUUCAAACUUUGUGCGUGGCUGAAAAUGAUCAGUUGGGUGCAACUGCAGCACAAGUUUCUCACUGUGACCCCUUGACCUUUAUGACCAUUUCUUCAGUUCUUCUUUGGGUUGAACCAAGGUCAGUCGACAAAACAAAUAUUUCAUGGAGUUUGUUUCAGGAUAUACUCUAUGAUUGUAGCUGAAUGACAAGAGGAAUGGCUAUUGAAUAGGGGGAUUGGCUUAAAUCAUGGGAUCAGGUUACACAAAAACGGUUCUGCUAGCAUUUAGGAAAUGUCAAUAUAUUUUACCUCCAGGUGAUUCUGACUCAGUGUGUUAUUAGAUUCUGGAGUCAUGAGUGGGUGUCCAUUUUGGGAGAACAAAUACCAGUAAGUACAUUUCUCUCUUUAAAGAAUAAGGAAGUAAUUUAGAUAGGCACAGAACAGAAUGUUCCUGUUUUCUGAGGAACGUUGGAGGGUAUGUUAUGAAUGACCAAACUCUAAGAGGACAAAAAGAAAGAAUAAAAUACUGCCUAAUGGGUAGAUAAUCAACUUCUAAAAGGGUAUAUUUUUUAAACAAAUCACAAGAAGCUACUUUUUGGGAUCUUAGCAAUUGAUGUGGCAUAUUUUAUAUUGCUUUUUACAUGAAAAGAUGGAACUGCUGAAUCAGUAUUUUUCAGCUAUGUUAAAAACUUGAACCAUUAUAAUGUCAAAACAAUUCACUUUGGUCACUUCCAUUAGUAUAUAUAAUAUGAAUAUAUGUAAUCACUCUAAGGCACAUUUGAAUGAUCUGAACUAUGUUACUCUUGCUAACAUUGAAUACUUUCUGUAAGUGAUCUUUAGACUGUAUACACUCAAUAUCACUUUUACUGGUAUUAGGAAUGUCUGUUGUUUAUUCCUAGAUUUAAUUUUAAGAAACUGUCACUGGAGGAUGAGGAAGGCGACAAAUCACAAGAAGGGCUAAACAAAGCUAGCAAAGGUGGCCUCAUCUAUGGAGACUAUCUGCAGGUAAGUGUGACUUAGUGGCGCAGCUUCAGCAAUGACAGCUGGACCUUUUGCAAAUAGUCAGUUGCAAACAUACUGAACAUUUGUGGCUAUGCAAAAUAAUUACCCACAUCUUCUAUGGUAGCUAAUAUAUCCUUCAUAAUAGUGAGGUAUUUCACAGCACAUUCAUAUACAUAUCUACUCAGAAGCAAGUUCCACCAAGUUCAUUGGCAAUUAGGGCUCUUCCACACUUCUGCUUGACCCAUGCCUAAAAAAAUUGGGCCUGAACUGUUUCCCGCUUGACCCACACUUUCUAGGCAUGGGUCUGAGCGGUUUUGCCUUUACCCCGCCACUUCCCCCUGGAAAACCCAGGGCGUAAAACCCUUUGGCGCAAAAUCAGAACAAACAGCAAUCCAUGUAAAACACAACUGCCAAUUCAGUGUUAAAAAAUUGGAUUCCCAGGGGGAAAAGGAAAAGCAAACGGAGGUGUCAGUAAGCCCUUACUUCCACAUCAGUGGGUAUAGGAUUGCAGCCUUUAUGUAUUCUAACUUUGGGUUCGGAAAAUUGUUUUCCCCAGGCAUUUCUAAUUUUCUGUGAAUUUUGCCGGGGUGGGGGUGAUCAGAAUGCCCUUUGCAAACAAACAAACAAACAAAUUGCAGUACCAACAUUUAAAAAAAUUAGGAAGAAUGAUAACAAUUGCCAGUAAACAAUUGCAAAUGCAGCUAUAAUAAUAGAUAAUUAAAAGUUUUAAAAUUAUAAUGGUUUUCACUUAGCUAUGCUUUCUAAAAGUUUAACUCUAUUUCACUUUUUUGUUUUUGAGAGUGGGAUCUGAAUAUAGAAAAUGGUUUUUAAGAGUUGAAGGUGUUGUUAGUACUAGCAGUUCUGUUACUCUGUGUCAGCUGAGAUGCUUUAUUUGGCAGAAGUCAGAUGAUAAUUUUACAUUACAUUACAAAAGCCUGCAUAGGCCACUAAUCCUGCCUGACAAUAAGUCAUCAUGGGCCAAAUUUGUGUGUCUGUAUGCCUGGCUACCACAGACAAUCAGGGUUUUCUGAAUACCUCAAUGUUAAUCUUAUCGGUUUAGUCCCCCCCCCCCCAAUUCCUGUCUCGGUGAUGAGAAAUGGACUUUUCCCCAAGCUUAAAGUGCUCACUUAUGGGCUUGUUGAUAUUUAUAACAUUUCUCUUUCAAGGGGCAUUGCUUAGUGUUAGUGUUACAUGUGAAAGGUCCCCUGUUCAAUUUCCAGCACCUCCAGUUAAAAGGAUGAAGUGAUGGAAAAGCCCUUUUCCUGAGACUCUGGCAAGCACUUGCCAAUCAAAGUGAUAAUACCAGGUUAAAUGGACCAGUGGCUCAGUUUUCUUCAACGUCAUAUGACCUAGGGCAUAUUUGUGACCAUUUAUCCUUUCUAUUAAAGAGCAACCGGCCAGGCCUAGGUAGACAGCUGCCAGACAACGGUAUCAACAGAUAAUUCAAACAAUUGUCCUUCUUCUCAUUUAUUUGCAGGGUUUAAGAGCAACCUUUUGACAAGUGCUUAAAGAUGGCUUACAAAACAAAGCCCUAUGAAAACAUUAACUCAGUAGCAUUUGCAGGCAGGGCUGAGGAAAUAAGACCCUGGAGAGCUGCUGUUAUUCAGUAUAGACUGUAAUGGACAGUACUGAAUCAAAACAGCUUUGGGGAAUGACAUCUCAGACAAGAACAACAAAAACUACAAUAGCAAAACAACUAAUGUUGUUUUUCAGUUCCUUCUAGUUUCUGACACAUGUGGCCACAUUCACCCUAUACAUUUAAAGUGCUCUGAUACCACUUUAAAUAGUUAUGGCUUUGCCCAAAUAAUUCUGGGACUUUCCUAAGGGUGCUGAGAGUUGUUAGGAGACCUCUGUUCUCCCUCCUCAUGGAGUUACAGUGCUCAAAGUGGUUUAACAGUCCAUCCCUCCUCACAGAGAACUCUGAGAAUUGUAGCUCUGUGAACAGAAUAGGGGUCUCCUACCAAUUCUCAGCACCCUUAACGAAGUACAGAUCCCAGAAUUAUUAACACAUAUAUUUUUGAAUGUAGUUUUGACUAAUGCACACAUUUUGGGAAGUGGCUUCUCCUUAAAUGGCAUUUUUGUAUGUGAUUUUCACUAAUAGAUUCAUUUUAUGCACACUUUACUGUAAUACGUGCAUUUUUGCAAACAUUCUUUGGUUGGAGAACUGCAUCACCAAAUUCGGAUAUGUAUGAAUUUCAAAGGAUGGCUGCCCUUUGGUUAUCAUAUUAUUUUGGAAAGUGCAAAUUUGCUAGAUUCAGCUUUAAAUGCAAACCAAAUCAAAUUUAUCCCCCAAACCAAACCAAUGAGUAUGACUCAUUUGGAUAUUACUCUUAUUUGGGGGGGCAGCAGUGGGGGAGGGGGGAAUCUGUGAAGCUUCAACACAGUUCUGAACUUAAAAGUUAUUCAUUUUGAUUGUUCAAUAUUUUUUAAAGCCAAACCGAGAAAAGUUUUGUGAGAAUUAAUUAUACUAUUUCAAUGUCUUACUUUUAAAGCUGGACAAAAUACUGAAUGCUCAGGAGCUUCAGAGUGAAAAGAAGGGGAACAAAAUCCACGAUGAGCAUCUGUUUAUUGUGACCCAUCAAGGUAACCUUUCAGAAGAAAUGGAGCCUAGCAAAUGCUGUUCAGGCAGCCCCACUGGACUAUCUGAUGAUGAAAUUAUUGUCAUAUUUAUUAUAUUGGUCAGAGUUAUUAAUGAAUAUUAAUACAUGACUACAAUGAGAGCAUAUGGACAUCUAUUAUCCAUUCCUCAGAAACCUUGCCCCAUUUUUAAAUUUUGAUGGGAAAGAUGUGGUGGAACAUGAUUCAGUUUGGGGGAGAAUUUCCUAGAUGUCUUGGUACCAAACUAUUUUAGAUGAGUAUCAAGGAAAACUGCUUGAUUGGUUGAUGUUUUGAAAAAAACAUCAUUAAGUGAAAUAUAUAUGCUCUAGACAUCGGACACACACAUAUUUUACUCUAGACGCAUAUGAGGGCCAAUUCAGGGGCCUUUUGCUAACUACCCGGAGGCCACCCUGUUAAACUGCCUUAUGGCUGCAAAAGUCAUUGAAGUGGAAGGGCAGAGAGGGGCUAGAUAAGGCAACUAAGAAGGAUACUUGAGGCCAGAAAAAACUGGAGGCAGUAUGUAUAAGCAUUUUGUUUACGGAUUCUACCUUUAGGUAAUGAUAGCAACUUUUCCAUAUGACAAUUUCAUAAUAGAUAUGGUGAUGAUCAACCUCUGAUAUUUCAGCUUAACUGAUUGUCAAUGUCCCAAAGAAGCGAAACCAAAAACAGUGCCUUUUGAUUUCAGCUUAUGAACUGUGGUUCAAGCAGAUUCUGUGGGAACUGGAUUCAGUUCGAGUGAUUUUUCAAAAUGGUCACGUAAGUAAGAGAUAUAUAAGAUAUCUAAUGAAAAACCCCUCUUAUUUCUAUUUUUCACCAAAUAAUCACUGAAUAUUUUAAAUUCAACCCCUGUUCAGGCAUCUUAUUCUAAAGACCUAUUCAUGGGAGGAAGGAGAAAAGGCUCUAACCACUCUUGCUCCUUCCCCAGUGAUAUCUGUGCAUUUAUUUGGGAGAAUAUCUGCAGCAGGAGAGCCUGAAAACAUGUAGAGGCUCCAUCAGUUGAAGCCCUAAGGUUCCUGUUCACAAGGACAGUUUACAUGCAUUUGUUUGUCUGCCUGUAUCUUCCCAAAAGCAUGGACAGCAGAAGGGAUAUGCCAGUGGGAAGUGCAGGGCAAACAGAGAAAUCCCAAACGGAGUUUAUGAUGAUCCUUAGUGUGACACAUUCAUGCAUCAUCUAAACAAAAAGAAAGUGUGCACCCCCCCUUAAGAACAAUUGUUUUGUUUCCUCAUAUGCAGAUUCAAUUGAUUGGGCUAUCAUUCAAAUUAAGACUCAGGUGAUUAAAACAUAUCCGGGUGACACAGCCCUAAUUAGAAUAACCUAUAGAGGCCCUGCUCUCCCUUGCCAGAUGAGUCAUGAUAAUGAUGUCUUUUUCUACUAAGGUGAGAGAUGAGAGAAACAUGCUUAAGGUUGUCACUCGAAUGAACAGGAUAACAAUGAUCCUUAAACUACUUGUGGAACAAUUUUCUGUUCUGGAAACAAUGACUGCCCUGGACUUCUUUGAUUUCAGGUAAACACUGUAUUUGAUUAUUUGAUUUCUCAUGCUUAGCUGUGCUCACAAGUAAUUGAGCAUCUCACAGGGUUGCCAAAUGCCCUCUUUUUUCUGAACUUGUCCUAUUUUUCAUGGGUAGAGUCGUGAUAGCGAUCCAUAGUUAAAAGUAGAAGUUGGCAAAUGUGCCCUCUUUUUUCUCUCUCUUCAAAAUAUGGCAACCCUAGGUCGCCUGUCUCAUAGCUCAAGGGAAGCAUUCAAUUAUUUUAAUGUUCACACUGCCAACAGAUAAGUGGUUAUACUUUGGGAUUUAGCUAAGAAGCUGGACAACACUCCAUUAUUAUUGUGAUCAUUGUGAACGUUGGAGACCUGCUGGAUAAAGCCAAGGGCUUAUCAACUCCAGCAGUCUGUUCUCACACGGCCAUAUGGCCCAUGUGGUUCCCAGCAACUGGUAUGAAGAGGCAUACUUCUUUGACAAGCAGCCAUGGAUAGCCUUAUCUUCCAUGAAUUUAUAUAAUCCUCUUUUAAAACCAUCCAAGUGGGUGGCCAUCACUACCUCUUGCGGGAGCAAAUUCCAUCGUUGUACCAUCACUGUCUGAGACACUUUAUGAAGCACAAGAAGGCAAGCCUCUGCACCAGAAACUUAUAAUUUAAAAUCCAACACAGAGUAAACAGCAGACAAAAGGGAGAGAAGUGCAGGGUAAUCAAGAGACAAAUGUGCAAUAAUUUCAUGUACUUAUGCUCAGUGCCAAACUUGAAAUUCGCUUGGUAUGUAGCAGGCAACUCUGUUUUGAGUUGCAAUUUCCUCCCCUAAUUACAGGUUUUUGGAAGGGGGCAAUCCUGAUCAGGAAGUAGCAAUGAGGUAGAAAUUUGAUUCUGUUUGCAUUUAGAGGAAAACUUCCCUAGUUUGCACUUUCCAAAACAAUAUGUGAAAUGAAACACAGCCAUCCUUUGAAAUUUGCACUUUUCAGAAUUUUGCAGUGCCAUUUUGCAGACAAAAUUCAUAUACUUUGGUAAUGUGUUCAUAUAAAAGCACAUGUUAGCAAAAAAAAAGCAUACAAAAAUGUGUUAUAUUAGGCCAAUUGCUAUGUAAAAAUGUGAAUGUUAUGCAAAAUUACAUGAAAAUAUGUAUAAUUAGGAGAAAUUUGCACUAAAAUGCUGAUGGCAGCUUCCUGCAUUGAAUAUCUCAUUGUUUUUAAUAAAUUUGCAAUCAUAGAAAUACAUUUGGACUGUGGGACUGAGUUGCUAAAAAGUGUCUAUUAACACUAUUUGUAUAUUACUACUACUACUUCUACUAGAUUUAUUUAUACCCUGCCUUUCCCCCUGAUGGACUCAAGGUGGUUUACAGGUAAAAUGAAAACGUGUUUUUACAAUCUAUUCUCAAUUGUAUUUUUUUUUAAUCUAUCCUCAAAGAGAUUAUUUGAGUCCAGCUUCAGGAUUUCAGAGCUUACAGUUUCGACUGCUGGAGAACAAGAUUGGUGUCCCUCAAAGUCUGAGAGUCCCAUAUAACAGAAGACAUUAUCGGGAUAACUUCAAGGGAAAAGAGAACGAAUUAUUGCUUAAAUCUGAACAGGAGCCAACUCUAUUGCAGCUAGUGGAAGUAAGAGUUUGCUGGGGGGGGGUAUCAAUAAAGCAGUCCCUAUCCCAAUAGGAAUUGUUACAUUCAAAUGUAAACAUUGUGCUAUUUUUAAGCCCACACAUUUCCAUAAGUCUUUCUGAAGAUCGUCAUUGCCACUUCACAUACUAAAAUAUCAAAUAUUACCAGAACAGGCUAUGUAACCUACAUAAUAGUGAAUCUAUUUUGUUUUGCAAGGCAUGGUUGGAGAGAACGCCAGGACUUGAACCAGAAGGAUUUAAUUUCUGGGGGAAAUUUGAAGUGAAUGUACUGAAGGGACUGGAAGAAGAAUUUGCAAUGGUGCAGGUAAACAUAAUUUGUCACAGAUCCAUCCAUGCCUGUAUGUAGCAAGAUAACUUCCUGGGUACAGUUCCAUGAGAGAGCCCAUCUGUAUGAACAAUUCUCCGUGCAUUUUGGAGGAAGGGAAAUAUAAGCAUGCCUGUGUGAUCCAUUUUUUCUAUGUGAGAAUAUAUGGUUCUAACAUAGCUGAAAAUCACACAAGCUAUAAGGAAUCAUUUAUGCUUGUAUUAUCAUGUGGAUCAUGUGGUGAUGCACACACAAAGGUAUUACCUUGUGGACACACACACACACAAUUAGGAGCCAUGACAGUUUUGUUCUCUCAUGACAGUUAAGGCUCUCUCAAGUCCAGUCACUGAAUUUGUUAUCAGAAGUCUAAUUCCCAUGUUGCCCCAUGGGAUAUUAAACAGAGAUUUAAUAUUCAUGUAUGAAAAAAAAUUGUAAAUAAGUUAAUGGAAGAAUUAGCAGGUGGGUGCAUGUUUUGUUCCCUAUUCACGAGGAUGAGGAAGACCGAGAAUGAGAGUUCAUGAAGAAAGCUGAGACUGAUUGGAUGACGUUGAGUGCAUCUUGGGUCAGCAUAACUGAGUUCUUAAGGAAAAUUAUGGAACUUAUGACAUAUUCCAUUUUAUGCAAAUCAACGAAAAAGUGAAGCUUUUAGUAUGUUUUUAAAAUAAAUAAUUGAUGUGACUUCAAAAGGCCAAACAAGACUUGGAGGAAAAAGAAGAUCAACUGGCAGAACUUCAGAAACAAAAAGAAGUGCUCAUUUCAUUGUUUGAUGAAAAACGCCACGAACAUCUCCUUAGUAAAGGUAGGUAGGCUCAUUAGAGUGUGCAGAUGUGAAUUGCCAGUUUCUAGCAUACCAGAUGGAACUAAGCUGUAAUAAAACUGAUAUAUUAUUUAACAUGCAUUACAAUUUGCAGGUGAAAGACGGCUGUCUUACAAAGCAAUGAAAGGAGCUCUAAUGAUCUACUUCUACAGGUACAUUAAAGGGUGACUCAUCCCUGUAAAAUCUCUCUCUUAAAGGGUGACUCAUCCCUGUAAAAUCUCUCCCACUAGCAAUCUUGUUUUCUUCCUCAGAGUGUUUUUUUUUAUAAAAACUUUUUUUAAAAACCACUUUCCUGCUGUCUUUCCCAAGUGUGGUUGCUGGUUUUGAGAUCGAAAUAUUCUUAGUACAGUCAUACCUUGGUUCUCGAACAAAAUCUGUUCUGGAAGUCCAUUCAACUUCCGAAAACAUUUGAAAACUAAGGCACAGCUUCUGAUUGGCUGCAGGAGCUUCUUGCACUCAAUCGGAAGCCGCGUCAGAUGUUCGGGUUCCAAAGAACGUUUGCAAACCAGAACACUCACUUCUGGGUUUGCGGAGUUCAGGAGCCAAAAUGUUUGAGUUGCAAGGCACAACCAAGGUACGACUGUAUUUGGAUUUUUGCAAGUAGAUGCCCCCUGCAGACUUUGCCUGGGUGAAUUGUAGAAGGUUGGGAAGGGGCUUGGAUUUCGGAAUGAAACAUUCUAGGAUUUCACAUUAUGUUUCAAUUACUAUUGGUAAAUAAAGUGUAAGGCUAAGCGUUCUUAAAGCUGGGGUGUGGAAGAGGCAAGUCUGCCUUUUCAAACAUCCUCCAAGGGAUCAUAGAACUGUGCCCUAAGUAUACUUCCUAAGGAGUAAACCUCACUGAACACAGUGGGAUUUACUUCUCAGAAAACAUGCACAGGAAUGCACUGCCCAUCUUUCUAUCUUGUGUGGAAGCUGUUUAUAAUUUAGCCGCUGAAUGCCACGUGAUCUAGAGUCAAUAAACAAUUGUGCCUUUACGCUUAUGGAACCAUCUGCAUGAAACUCCCCUCUCCAGCUCCUCUUAACUCAUAUAUAUGUCAGUAGAAAGAACAGAAGCAGGAACCAUAUAAUCUUGUGAGACUCCAAUUACGAAUGUUAUCUUUGUUAUCAAUUUACUGCUGUUUUUGAAAUAGCACAUUUCAACCAUAGCAGGCCAUUAAACUAAUUUUGCAAAGUUUAGUAUAAAAUAUAGCAUAGCAUGUAUUUACCAAAGUGCCUUUUCCUUUGAUGCAUACAGUAAAAAAUGAUAAUUUUAGUACAUUAAUGAGUUUUUCCUCUGUCCUCCCCACCUCCUUAAGAGAGGAGCCUCGUUUUCAGGUUCCUUUUCAGCUCCUCACUUCUCUGAUGGAUAUCGAUGUGCUGAUGACUAAAUGGAGAUGUAAGUUUUCUCUCCUGUGCUAUGACCGCCACAACACACUAACACACAGGACUCCCCCCCCCAAAAAAAUGUUUAGGGGUACUCUCAUUUUGACUCAUGAAAAUACAAUUUUAUAGUUCAAAUCAGGAAAAAUAAAUAUAGUAAAUGGACAAAAGUACAAAGAUUCACAAAAUGUUUAGGGGUAUGCAUACCCCUGCGCCCCCCCCAGUAGCAACUCACAUUGCUACUAUAACAGUACUGAAACCCCAAGAGGUUGUACAGAGAACUGACUGAUGAAAUGUGUGGCUAAUUAAUUCAUGCUUGUCCUGCAAAACAUGGGGAAUCACAUAACUACCUACUCCCUGCUGUUACAUGUGGAUGACACCUGGCAGCUUUGCACACAGACCACAAACUAACACUGUUGUGGCGUGGUAGGAUUGAGAACAAAGAUGCAUUGCAGAUUCCUGAAAUAUGUGCACCACUGACUCAUGGUGAACAAAUACUGCAGACAGAUCCUUUGUCUCUCAGUAAGUACAUAUCUGCAGUUUUCUACUUGGUAUUUGGGGAUCUAUCCUUUCUAUUAGAUCUACCUUGUCUAUUAGAAAAAUAUUCACCCCUAUCUUCUUCCUUUUUACCUGAACUAGUUAACUGAAAAAAAUUGCCUUAUAACUAGAUGCACAGUGGCAAAACAUUGAGCUUACACAUCAGGAAGUCUCCCAAUUCAAAUCUUGUCUUUCCCAUGAAAUCACAUUCAGCAGGCCAUUCAGUUUCAGCCUCAUCUGAAAUAUGAUACUGAGCUGCCUUAGACAAGACACUUUAAAAACUCUAAAGAUGCAAUCCUAUACCCGCUUACCUCCGUGGGACUUACCUCUGAAUAGGCAGGUAUUGCAAAGCAUGAUCUGUGCUGAUAUUAUUUAAUUAUAUAGUUGGGUGAAAUACGUUAAUGUAAAGACACUCAAAUUUGCAAUACAGAGAAGCCAAGCUAUGCAUUAUAUAACUUUUUAAAGGGCCAUUCCAGUUGUAAUACGAUAGCCUUUUUAAUGAGAUAUGCACUAAAAAAAAAGUUCAUCUAUUUAGAUAACCAUGUGUGUAUGGUGCACAGAAUGAUUGGCAGCAAGGCUGGGACUGGAGGAUCCUCAGGAUAUCAAUAUUUACGCUCAACUGUGAGGUGAGUCUAUAGGAAAUAGAGUUCCACUUUAUAGUCAUGUUUCAUAAAUGGCAACGCACAUGGACAAGUCAAAAAACGAUGAUAUGAAAAAAGAAAGAAGAGAGCCAUUCUUUUAACACAGAACAUAUUUGCUUUAACACUGUUUCAAAAUUUGUGUCUGAGGGUUUUCUUUUAAAUAAAAAAAGAUGACACUGCUACUAACAAAUAUGAUUUUAACAGUUUACAGGGAGAGUAAAGAUGGAGAAAUAAGUUUAUUUCCCUAUUUCAAAACACUAGAAUUUUUCCCCCAUCCAGUGAAAGUGACUGAUAGCAGGUUCAGGACAAACAAAGGUAUCUUUAAUUAGUGUAGUAAAUUCAUUGCUAUAAACCAGUCUUGUCAAAUCUGGUACCUUCCACAUCGCUUGGACCGCAACUCUCAUCUGCCCCAGCCAACACUUGUGAGGAUGUGAUCCAAAAUAUCUAGAAGGUGCUGGAUUGGGGAAGGCUGCUAUAAGCUAGGACAAGGAUGUUCCCUGCCAGCCAUGAAUGCAGGAAUGUGAAAAAUGUGGCUACAUAAAGAUGGUGUUCAUAAGUAGCUACACUGGUGUGGUUGCUCUUGCGGUCAAAAUUACCCUAAUUUUCCUCUGGCUUAUCAUAAGUUCAUCUGGUUACAUUUCAUACUGCAAUCCAUGCAGCUGCUUGAAUCAGGCCACAGUGGACUUUAAAGGGGACCCACCACUACAGGAGCCAUGUUGUUGGCACUGCAGAAUUUGUAGCAUAAGAUCAUAGCACUGUCAUGGCCCUAGUUGACCACUUUAGUGUUGGAGGCUGGUACAACAUGAAAACUCCUGAUAACAGGACUAUCUGUGUCAAAAGCACACUCCAUCAUGACAUAUAAUAUAUGUCAAAUAAUAUGGAAUACCAUUCCCCCCCUUUAAAAAUAUGAAUGUAUUUCUUUUUCCUUGGCAGUGACCGAUACAAAGUGUUUGUUGAUUUGUUCAACCUUUCAACAUAUUUGGUGCCUCGUCACUGGAUCCCCAGGAUGAACCCUACUGUUCACAAGUUCCUUUACACAGCAGAAUAUUGUGACAGUUCCUACUUCAGCAGUGAUGAUUCAGACUGAAAAUCUUCCAUGUCGAUUCCUUGUAAAUAACUGAAUGAAGCUCGGUCCUUUAACAUUAUACUUUAUGCAUACAGUAUGUAACAAUAUAGAAAUCUAUAUCUAUUUAUGUGCAAUGUACUAUAGCAUCUAAAGCACAAUAAUCAGCUCCACAAUUUAUAAAUAAAAUUUAGAGAUGAUGAGGCAAACAACUCAGAUCCAUUUAUUUUAAUGGUUUGAACUGUUGUUGUUGUUCCUGUUUAACAAUGUUCUGUCUGAUUUGCUAAGCUUGCUCAGAUAACUAUUUUAGGCUGCCAUCCUAUACCCAUUUACUUCGGAGGAAGCCCUACUGCACUCAUUGGGGCUUUUGCUUAAACAUGUAUUUUGGUUGUACUAUUGGGUUUUGUGAUUGUGAAGAUAAUAUUUUAAUGUGACAUGCCUUGGGAGAUGGCAUAGAAAUAAUUGUAAAUAAAAUAAAAAUAAAAAUCUACCCUGUAGUAUCGAGUAACUGAAGCAAUAAGGUAGCAAAAUCUAUAUAAUCCUCUUUUCAGUGAUAAUAACAUGUAGUACCACUUACCACAUUGAUCUUCUAUACUGCAUAGAGACAAUCAAUUCCACAUUAUGUUAUUAAGGUAAUAGAGUAAUGCUAUGAGAGACUCCAGGACUCCUUACUGCGGAAUUGAGCUAAUAUUUGACUUGGCUUAGGAAGACACAACAUCAUUUUGUACAUAAUGCUUGGCAUAUAUUAUGAAGCAAUCACAGCUGAAUUUCAUCCUUCUCCAAUUAUAAGUGACUAAAAAAAAAAAAAGGAUGCCAGCCUUUAUAAUUGUAGAUACAAAUAAGAAACCGUGAUUUUUUUCAUGAUUCUUUAUUAUAAAAAUUAGAAAUGUCUAAUGUUCAACUCAGGUAACUUUUAUUCAUGUUUUAAUCCAAAUUGAUUGCUAAGCCACCACAGUUUUUCCUAAGUGCUUGGAAGUACUGGCAUUUUGUGAUCAAAUGUUAAUUUUAAGCAUUUCAAAAUACUAUUCAUUUGUGCAUGUGAAUCCAGUGUAGAACCAAAGAGAAGGGAACACCUGACAAUUAAAAGAGAAGUCAGAUUGCCAAUAUUCAAUGGAUAAGCAAAGACUUAAAUAUGCUACUUUAGGGCCUACACGAAACAGAAGUGAUGUCAUUUUCCCAGAGAACAUGAAUGCUUAAGAACAGAAGCAGAAGAAGAGCUCAGCAGUAGCAGAAAAUCAGAGAAAACACAGCUGCUGACUGGAUGCCUCUAGGGGCUGAUUCACAAUUUCUGCAGCACUGAUAAAGUUACAAAGUAUAUUGCUAGGUGGAAAAACAUGCACCCUAUGCAUUCAACGCUCACCUAAUUCUGACUUUGAUUUGUAAAAUGCUUUGCAACUUUGAUUGUAUUUUGCCUACAUGACAAUCUUGUGAGAUGAAUUAUUGUUGUUCAUUUUAUAGACGGGGAACCAAGAUAGAGAGUGUGAUUUGCCCAAGACCACACAGCAGGUACUUGGUAUUUGAUGAACUCUAGUCUCCCAGAUACAAACCCAGAUCUCUUACCUAAUGGGUCACAAUAGCUCAACUCUUAUUUGAAAUAUUUUGCUAAGUAUGAGUAAGGUCAGGGUUUUGAAAACUGAGACAUGAACUUGUAAUAUAUAAAAUGCCUUCCUUUUCCAUAAGUGAUGGUCUGGAGUACACUGCAGAGCUGUUGUUCAGCUCCUAAAAAUAAAUGUUUAUGGCAAUGACUGGAA